AUGGUGCGUCUUGUACGGUACUGUGUUAGUCACUUGCUUCGAGCAACGAUGAGCCAAUUCGAAGGAGAGGGCAGUUUGUGGUCUGCGGUCCGCUGCCUGGGCUACAUGUCCGGCCUCAACCUGUUGGUGGCGCUGUGUCUCGGCCUCUUUGUACGCUGGGAGAUGACAGCAGAGUCCACCCUGCUGGCCAUUUUCAUCUUGGCUUUGGUCAUUUUGGUUGUAGCCGCCGUCUUGUACUGCUAUUGUGGCAAGGAGCAACUCAGCCUCAGCCUCCUUCACCUUUGGUUCGGCUUCCUGCUGGGUCUGCUGUGCUUCGUCAACAGCCCUGACUUGGAUGGAGACGUUAAGGAACAAGUGGCCAAUGGACUACUACUCUCCAGCUUGUCUCUGAGGUUGCUGUGGGCGCUGCUGGAGAGGAUGCUGGGCUACGCCAGGUACCGGCCCGGCUUCCUGACCUCGGCAGAGAAGCUUCAGCUGACGGGUUUCGCCGCCGCCAGUACGGUUCUGCUCCUCUGGAAAGCCUUGAGCGUAACUGUGCUGGCCUUGGCCCUCGGUGGCGUCGUGGUGGCCCUACGGAUGAAAGCGGUGCUGGCGCUGAUCAACCUGGCGUGCUUCGCCACUAUCACCGCUGACGUUGUCUUCAGAAGUCUCCAAAUCAGAACUAACCCAUUCGCUUUGGGUUGUUUCUUCUGCCUGGUGUUGUGCGACCCACUGCUAGACAUCUCCUUCAGCGGCCUCUCCGUGACCGAGCGUUGGCAGCCCCUCCUGCAUCAGAGGGGCUUGUGGCGCCGCCUCUCCCUGCUACCCCUACUGCUUCUGGAGUUGACCUUCCUGGUACUGGCAGCGCAGGUGCUGGGUCACUCGGGCCGCUUGUACCUGUCCGUCCCGGCGUUCGUGACGUGCGCGCUCUUCUGGGCCAUCUGCCACUUGGUGUUCUUCAUCAGCCUGUGGGGCUUUCACAGCAAGCUGAACGACUGCCAAAGGGUGUGCCUGAUCCAGGGUUGCGGUACUAGCCGGUUGGACAAAAUCAUGGCAUCUAAGGGCAUGAGGCACUUUUGCCUCAUCUCCGAGCGGCUGCUACGUUUUACGCUGGCUUCCACAGUUGCUCUGGCAGCUCUGUCCUGGCAGGCAUCCAGUGGCAUCUUCCUGUGCACCUUUCUGCUGGUUCUUCCGCUUGAGUCAAUCUUCCACGGCUUGUUCCAUGAACUAGGCAGCACCCUGGGAGGAACCUGUGUUGGUUACGGUGUGGUCAUUCCCACCAAUUACUGCAGUCCCGACGGACAGCCUGUUCUGCUGCCGCCCGAGCAGGUGCAGCAGCUGAACCUGCGCUCGACGGCCAUGCUGAGCAACAUCCAGCGCUUCCUGGCGCAGCACCUCAUCGAGACGUACGGUUGCGACUACUCCACCGGCGGCGUUACGCUAGAGGCACUUCAGGCAAAGCUCAAGGCCUUUAUGGAGUUGCGCACCGCCGACGGGCCGCGCUACGACACCUACGUGCUCUUUUACAGCGGGCACACGCACAGAACAGGGGAAUGGGCACUCGCAGGUGGCGACACGCUGAGUCUGGAUCAACUCCUGGACUGGUGGCGCGAGAAGAACGGCACCUUUCGCUCCCGCCUCAUAUUGGUUUUGGACUGUGACCACUCGCUGCCCACGGUGAAGGCGGCGCGGCGGGUCGAGGGCGUUCACGUGGCCGUGCAGGGCGCCGCUCCCUCCCGGAUGGCAGAGCGCCACCCGGGCGACUUCCUCUCCCAUUGGGUGGCUUAUAACUGCGACGGGGACAGCGGCGUCCCUUGGGCGAGGCGAACGGGGGCGCCCGCAGCCAUUUACGGCGUUUCCUCUCACUGGAGCGACUAUGAGCCGCACUUGCCCGCCGGCGGCGAGCUGGCCGACCACUGGAGGGCGUACUUCCCGCGCGUGGCUCACCCGGUGGUGCGCGCGGCGCUGUGGUGCGGUGGCCUCAGCCUACUUUGGCCUUGCGGCGCUUGCCUCCGGUGCAUGAAGAGAUUCAAACUCAACUACUUUCCUCCCACCGUGCUCGAUACGGGCCAAGGCUUCAAACUGGUCCGAUCUUAG